CUUCGCAUAUUUUUCCAGCUACAUAUACCCUCCAAAUCUAUCCACAUCUUGUCAUACUCACACUUCACAACACAACACAACAAAUUCUACUUCCUCAAUAGUAACAAACUCAUAUUCAUUGCGCCUUCUCACAACACCAAUAUCCAACCCCCAAACCUUUGUUUACCACACGCUAAUCAAUAAUCAUCCUCGUAACAUAAUAUGUGUGGCGGUGCUAUCAUCGCUGACUUCAUACCUCGCCGUGGAGGCCGCCGUCUCACGGCCUCUGAACUCUGGCCUUCCUCCUUCGGUCAACAGAAAGACUCAGAUUUCGAUUUUUCUCAAACAGGUGGUGAUCAACAAACACCACCACCACCACCCACUCUCAAAAGAUCCUACACUCCCACAGUUAGUGAGCAAGUAGAGAAACCGGUGAAAAAACAGAGGAAAAACCUCUACAGAGGAAUCCGACAACGUCCAUGGGGAAAAUGGGCUGCAGAAAUACGCGAUCCGAGAAAAGGGGUUCGUGUUUGGCUUGGUACAUUCAACACUGCUGAAGAAGCUGCUAGAGCCUAUGAUCGAGAAGCACGAAAAAUCCGUGGCAAAAAAGCCAAAGUCAAUUUCCCCAAUGACGAUGAUGAUUAUUCUUCUUCCAUUAAAGUUCGUCGUUACAACAAUCCACCGAUUAAACCCCCAAUCAUUCCCCUCUAUCAGCAACAACAAUACCCAAAAAAUCUGAACUUGGAGUUUGGUUAUGAUCUGAACCAAACUGACACAGUUCAUUCUCAAGUGGGUGCUAUCAACACUGAUUCGUUUAUCAUAUCUGGUAAUGAUGAAACUUCAGAGGUUGGUAAUGGCUACUCGACAAUGGAGUUUAAUCAGAAUGAAAACGGUUAUUUUGUUGGUGUUGUUAAUGAGAAUGAGAAAGAGAAAGAGAAAGAGAAAGAAAGAGAGAUAGAACAACAAGAGCAAGAAGCAGCAAAGAGCGAGGUUCAGGAGCUGUCGGAUGAAUUGAUGGCGUACGAGGAUUAUAUGAAGUUUUAUCAGAUUCCGUACUAUGGUGGACAAUUUAUGCCGUCGCCAAACAUUGUUCAAGAAAGUGUGGUUGGUGAUUUAUGGAGCUUCGAUUGAUAAUGAUAUAUAACUGGUUUUCAAAGCUUCUUCUGUGAACACAUAAUUUUUCAUUUCUAAUGAUUUGGUUUAUCUCUCUCUGUUUUUGCCUUAGGAUGGAUGAAAUUGUAAAUUUGGGUACUUGGUAAGAAUUUGUGUAUGAAUUUCGUUUCUCUUAGUUUAUUUUUGUUUUUGUCUUUUAGAGUUUGAUUUCAAGUUUUGUUCAAUUGUAUUUCUUUUGGCGUUUAACCAAUAUGAAAUUAACAAUGUUUCAAUUCCGAUUACAAA